CCGAUCAUGAUUGUGGUAAUCGUUCUGUCAUGUUUUGCCAUAAUGGCAUCUCCACAACCCGUAUCCACUGAUGCACCUCCACCACUGUCUGAACAAGGAGACCUUCAGACACAAACCUUUCAAACCACUGAGGCAACAACCCACAAACCUGAAGCUCAGGUGCUGGGAACAUAUCCCCUAAAUAAUGAGCAACCACAACCUGGGAUCCCCAACAUUCCAGCUCCCCAUGGUGGCUCACACUUCCUGCCAUUUCUGCAGUACUACCCCUGGUCUCCUGUUGGGGGCAGUCCUCUCAUGAUUCCCAUGCAGAUGAAUGGCCAAGGAUCUCAGCCAUCAAACCCAGCAACACCACAGCAGCCUCUGAUUUUCCCUCCUUACGGAUAUUUCCCUCUGCUGUCACCACCCUACAGGAAUCAGCAGGUCUCUCCAUAUGGUUUCCCAAUGACCUUUGAUGCACCUCUCCCACAAAUCCCUGCAAAUAACCCCCCGAUCAGCCCGCAAACACCAUCUGGAUCUGGACAUGCAGUAAAAUCACCUCAGCCAUCACAUCAGACACAGAAUCCCCAAGUUUUUUACAUGCUACAGCAACCUGUGGUAAGUGCAAAAGAAGAAGAUUUCAUUUCAGCAGACAAGAGGAGCAAUGACAGUAAAAUCUUACUCUUUGGAAAUUACCAGUCACAGAGGAGCCAGUACUGA